UUGUACAAACAGAGCUACCUAACGUGCUGGUGGUGGUGUACGAUAAACAGGAACGUCCAGCUAACCUCUACACAACGACCAUCAGCAUCCCGGGUGUACUUGAACGAAAAGUAAACUUGACGUUGAAACAGCUAUCGAUCGAGUGGAACAACUGGAUGAAUUACACCUUUUUCCCUGAUAAAACUAGUGAUCUGAUGGGCUAUGUAUUGCGGACGUCCAUGUGCAAUUAUCUGCCCUUUACGGGCUACGAACGUUUGGUAUGUAUGGGACCUUGUAUGGAUUGAUGAUCAUGUGUUCAUUUUCCUUUCAUCCAAACAGACGGAAGGUGCCGGCAAUGCGUUCGAUUCUGUAACAGGCAAACGUUCGAUAUGGUUAGAUGGGACAGAACUACAGCUGCUAGUCUCCUUUUGCGAACUUCGUAAUUGUAACAUUCUAGUGAUCCCUGAGGAUGAAGAUGAGUGGGGUGACGUGUACCCGAAUGGUACAGGCAACGGGUUGAUGGGGAGUGUAGCCGAACGUCGAACCGAUAUUGCGUUCGGCGCAUUUUACCUCUGGUUCAAGCCCUAUAAUUUCUCGACCUAUACGGCCACCAUCAGCCGAUCGGGUGUAACCGUGCUUGUGCCCAAACCGAAGAUGCUUCCAUUCUGGCGUACUCCCUUUCUUUCGUUCUCGUGGCCACUCUGGAUAGCCGUGUUGGUCACACUACUUGCCGGUAUUGUGGCAACAUGGAUCGCUGGCACCGUGCGGUACCGUUUAUUGCUACUUUCCGUUGCUACCGAUCAUGCGGAGGAUGAUCUUCUUACAGAACAAAUUACGCUGAGCGAUGCUGUGCUCAUGAUGGUAGGAUUCUUUGUGGCCCAAUCGUCAUCCAUACGUAACGACCUUUGGUCGUGCGUUUUUCUCUUUACCUCUCUACUGCUGGCCGGAUUUAUGGUGAGCAAUCUAUACAGUGGAGGUUUGGCCAGCAUCAUGACGGUUCCACAGUACGAAAAAUCAAUCGAUUCUGUGAAGGAGUUUGCAUCUACCGGGAUGAAAUGGUUCGGCCCAACACCCUACUGUUUGGAGGAGAUUUGGAAUGCCACCGAACCACACUUGCAGCAAAUUCUAAAAACCUACAUUGACGCCGGACCGGAAGAAAUGAAUUUGCAUGCGCACAUAGGUGACAGUGGCUUCAUUAUCGAACAAGCGCAGCACGGUAACUUUGCACCAAGCAACUUUCUUGAUCGGGAAUCUUCGACGACUUUGCAACCAUUGAAGGACUACGUCUAUACACAAAACUGUGCGGCCUUGAUAACCAAUACCAAUCCAUUGAGGUCGAACCUUAACGAGUACAUAUUGCGCAUACAGCAAUCUGGAAUACUGUACCAUCUCGGUAUACGGACCGCCAUUCGGUACCUUCCCACGGACGUGAUGCAAAACAUCGAUCGUUCUAGGGUUCAUCAACAAAAUGAAGGUGCGGUAACGUUGGAAAUUGGCCACUUUUUGGGAGCAUUCUUCAUACUGGGCUAUGGGCUAUUGUGUGCUGGACUUGUGUUUGUAGGUGAACUAUGGGGCACAAUGAUCGUACGCCGAUUGAAUGAGAGCCUUAGGUGGAAGGUAACAUACAUAACUCCCUACUGAACGGUUUUUUGAAGUAUUUUGUGAAAAUUGUAUAAUGCUCACAUGCACU